AUGAACAGCUCAAAGUGGGCUCCUGGUGGCGCGAACAGCGAGAAUGAACCAGACGCUCCCGCCCCACCAGCAAAUGCGCCUACGGGUCCUCGCGAUACACAGUCGCGUGGCCGUCGCAAUGAGUCUGGAAGGGGAAGACAGGCAAGAGGCAGAGGCUCGAACAGAACUGAGCGCACCAACAACCGCGGUGGGCACAACAGUGGCGCUGCAGAACCUGCGCCAGAUCGCAGCCCUUCCAUCAAUGACGGCUUGUCUCAGUUUGGCAGGAUGGGACUCAACAGUGCAAUUGGCAGAGGGCCAUCUGGCGAGGACUACAACGGCAGGUUGACAAUUGGUGCACGUGGAAACACAAUCAAUCAACCUCGACCCAGCGCCGUAUUUCUACCAAGCCUUAGCGUACCCCAAAAUGAAGGCUCUCAGCGUGACGCCGACCAAGCAAUGGACGAGUUCCCUGGUCUGCGGACCGAACGAAAAGCUGGUCGCGCGGUGGACGAGGCUUCAAGGAUGUCUCUGCCCACUCGCUCUUCCCCAUCAAGCUCUUCCUCUAGAGAUCUGUUCCGUUACGCGGCUCAGAACCAGGCUGGUCAAUCGGAUCGUAUGACAGCUACUCUGCAGCCCAAACGCUCUUCACGCGCUAUCCAAAUCCAUACUACAGACGGCGAGACAGUCAACUUCGUUCCCCGGGUAGCUAAGGAGAAGAAAGAAGAGCAGAAGAAACCUCACGUGGAACCCUCUCGUCCCACUUCAACAGAUCAUGAUACAGGUGUUGGACCUCUUACUACCGGUACUGCAGCGAAUAGCGAUAUGGAAGCCCGUAUCAAAGCGCUAGAAGACCAACAGAACGACACCCGCGACAUGGUCGACGCCAUGAACCAACUCUACAUCCGUCUUAGAGAGUCCGUCAACCAUCUGGAGUAUCAAAACACACUGCAGCGAGUUUGCCCACAGACACCCGAUGCGCCAUCUACAGAUUCGCACACCCCUGCAGUCGAUGGGUCCUCCUAUGUGCCCCCUCAGGGUAAUCUUUCUGACGAAGAGUUCUCAUACAUGCUCAAGAUGUUUGCGGGUAAGACGAUUACUGCAGACCACUGGGAGAAUGUGGUAUGGAGCUUCUACGGCCAGAACGCGGCGAAUGCCCAUAACCAGGACCAGGGCCGGAACCAAAACCUAUUUACAGAUGAGCAUAGGAACGAGGCUGCGGAUAAAGGUCAGGAUGGGGACAAGGAUGUGGGUAAUGACGACCCCUAA